AUGGUCAAGACGUUCUACGGCGUCUACACCAUUUGCGGCUUCGCCGCACUUGGCGGUGGUCUGUUCGGUUUCGAUAUCUCGUCCAUGUCCGGUGUCCUCGGCACCAAUGCCUACAAGAACUACUUUGACAGCCCGGCCUCGUACCGCCAGGGUGGCAUUACCGCCUCCAUGCCCGCUGGUUCGCUGGUCGGCGCCCUGUGCUCGUCCUUCAUUGCCGACAGGUACUCGCGUCGCACCGCCAUCCAGGUCGCCUCGGUCAUCUGGAUGCUCGGCGCUCUCCUCCAGACCGUUUGCAACGGUGUCGCCCUGCUCUGCGUCGGUCGUGUCAUCGCCGGUAUGGCCAUUGGUAUCGCCUCUGCUAUUGUCCCCGUCUACCAGUCCGAGAUCGCCGCAAAGGAGAUCCGUGGUCGUGUCGUCUCGCUCCAGCAGUGGGCCAUCACCUGGGGUAUCCUGAUCCAGUACUUCAUCCAAUACGGCGCCUCCUUCGCCGACGGCGGCCCCAAGGCUCCCAACCAGGGCACUGCCGCCUUCCGUAUUCCCUGGGGUAUCCAGAUCGUCCCCGGUGCUAUCCUGUUUGUCGGCAUGUUCUUCCUGCCUCGCUCGCCCCGUUGGCUCGCCAGCAAGGACCGCUGGGAGGAGGCUCUUCAGGUUCUCGCCAACCUUCACGGAAGCGGCGAUGUCAACCACCCCAAGGUGCUUGCCGAGUACCACGAGAUUGAGGAGGCUCUCCGCUUCGAGCGCGAGGAGGCCGUCUCUUCUUUCAAGGCUCUCGUCGCUCCUCGCAUGCUCAAGCGUGUCAUCCUCGGCAUGUCCAUUCAGAUGUGGUCGCAGCUCUGCGGCAUGAACAUCAUGAUGUACUACAUCGUCUACAUCAUGGAGGCUGCCGGCGUCGGUUCGCCCCUCCUCACUGCCUCCAUCCAGUACAUCAUCAACGUCGCCCUUACUCUCCCGGCCAUCCUCUACCUCGACCGCUUCGGCCGUCGCCCCGCUCUGCUCGCUGGCUCGUUCAUGAUGAUGACUUGGCUCUUCAUCUCCGGCUCGGUCCAAGGCGCCUACGGUGCCCCCAACCCUCGCACCGACCCCACCCUGGACGACAUUUCCUGGGUGCUCAUGGGCAACCCGGCUGCCUCCAAGGCCGUCAUCGCCUGCUCCUACCUCUUCGUCGCUUCCUUCGCCACCACCUGGGGCCCGACGUCCUGGACCUACCCGUCUGAGAUCUACCCCGCCAAGAUUCGUGCUAAGGCCGUCUCGCUCUCGACCGCUACCAACUGGGCUUGGAACUGCAUUCUUGCCUUCGCCGUUCCCCCGCUCCUCUGGUCCAUCAACUGGAAGAUGUACAUGAUCUUCGCCGCCUUCAACGGCGCAGCUCUGAUCCACAUGUUCCUUACUGCCCCCGAGACCAAGGGCAAGACGCUCGAGGAGAUGGACGAGGUCUUCGACUCCGGCCUGCCCGCCUGGAAGAGCGCCGCCGCCCUCAAGGGCUCCAAGCUCGACCGCCUCGCCAGCGAAAUCGAGAAGGGCGAGCGCAAGGUCACCGUCAACACCGUCGGCGAGGAGACCGUUGUUUCGACGCACGAGGAGACUGUCAAGUCGGGUUAA